AUGGCCCCCCAGUUUACUGUCUAUACUUUCGCAGGCUCGCAGUGGGCCCAAGUAGCGCAUCUGGCAUUGGCUCAGAAAGGCGUUCCAGAAGACAAAUAUGACUUGAAGGAGAUUGACCUCAUGACGGGCGCAAACUUCGAUCCCGAGUAUAUCAAGAUCAAUCCCAACGGCACCGUGCCGAGCAUCACAUCUCCAUCUCUCGACAAGCCACUCACCGAAAGCGUGGACAUUCUUCGAUACAUUGACGCACUCGAGGGAAGAAACGCCUUGGUCCCUUCAGAUCCCGCCGUCAAGGCCAAGGUACAGGCCAUACUUGAUCUCGUCCACUCGCACGAUGCAGGGACCAACACCAUUCUUCUCCUCGCGCGGGACAAGGAGGAGAUGACGGGCAAAAAGGCCAGCGGCUUCAAAGACUUUGUGGUUAAUAGACAGACGAGGCUCGAAAAGGAGCAGGCUGCCGAUCCAAGCCAUUCCUUCUACGGACCCAAAGUGCUGGAGAACGGCGCCCUCAACAAAUUCUACACAACAGAGAUUGGAGAUGAGCAUAAGGAUUUCUUCAAGGACUCGGACGAUGCCUACAAAGCGUUUGCUCGGGUGCUGGACAGCCUGGACUCGCUCUUGGUUCUACCAUAUGCAGCCGGUGAUGCUGUCACAGAAGCGGACUUCCAUGCCACAGCUUGGCUGGCACAUGCUUUGUGGGGAGCAGGCACAAAUGCGACCCAGAUCCAAGACUUUAGCGUCCUGGAGAAGUUGAUCCAGAAAUCAGUCCCAAGCUUCACGAUUGGAGGUAGGACAAGACAGUGGUGGGCAUCCAUAGCCGCUACUGCUGCGUUCAAGAAGGUGUUUCCCACGUUGCAUUAAGUGUGGUGUUGCAAAAACAAAAACAAAAAAAAGAGCUCAUGGUAGAGUAGGCAUUGCAAAUGCUAGCAAUACUAGAAGACAUGUUUGCCUGAUG